AUGCAUAGUCAUCUGCUAUUCGCCGCCCUGGCCUCGAUAGCCAGGGCAUCGCCAACGCAGGGCGCAAGAGGCUGCAGGGAAGUCCAAAUCCCAGUGACCGUAUCCGUCCCGCGCUUCCAUAUCACAACAAGUGUGCACGACAACUGGGAUGCCACGGCCCUGUCAUUCAACCUCACCCGCCGUGAUUUCGGGAGCGCCGAGUUCCCUCUGCCCAUUUCCGGCGCCACCCCGGGUCCCGUCGAGAGUAACUACACGGUCGGAGCGACCGUCUGUGGCCACGGCGGACCUACGCUGGUGCUAACGCAUGGGAUCAUUGAGUCGAAGCUGUAUUGGCAGCCCAACUUGUCAGAUGCUGGCGAGUACAGUUUCAUUGACGCUGCUGUCGCAGCUGGCUAUACAGUUCUUAGUUACGACAGGAUUGGCGUCGGGUCUUCUUCCAAAGUGAAUUCACUGAUCGACGCGCAGUUCCAGGUAGAGACUGCAGUCCUUGAUUCUCUUAUCAACUAUGCCCAGACAAAACUAGGGUCCACCAAGGUUGCGCUCGUGGGACACAGUUAUGGCGCCUAUAUCUCAGCCGCAUCCGCAGCGCAGUCGCCAGUCGACGCCCUAGUCUUGACGGGCUUCAGCGGGACCUUCGACUUCUUCGGGCCCUUCGUGGCUGGCGCUGGCUUCCGCGUGGCUCGAAUCCAGGACCCAGGACGCUGGGGUGAGCUCGACGCGGGUUGGCUCAUAUCCGCGGACUUGUACGCAGAGACGUAUGCCUACUUUGCAGAACCAUUCUUCGAGCACCGGGUCGCCGAGUGGUCGUACGGCGUCGCCAGCGAGCCGUUCGCGGUGGGCGAGCUGCCGUCGCUCUUGAAUACCACGAUCGUGUACGGGGACAUCACCGCGCCAGUGCUUCUUCUCCAGGGGCAGUACGACGUCUCCGCGUGCGGGGGAAACUGUGCCGGCGUGCUGGAGGAGGUCAUGACGAAACUCAAAGGUGCGCGCGUCGUUGAGAGGGUGGAUGAUCUGCCCGCUGGGUAA